UCAAAAAGAGAAAUUCGCAUUUUGGAAAAAGUUUCGAGAAAAUCGACUUUAAAGUUUCACCCAAAUUUUCCAGAGGAAAAUCGCUUAUUUUGUGGUUUGGGGAAGAAAUCAGAAACCAAAAGUGCUGUAACAGGCAGAGUUUUCACGUCAAAAAGAGAAAUUCGCAUUUUGGAAAAAGUUUCGAGAAAAUCGACUUUAAAGUUUCACCCAAAUUUUCCAGAGGANAAUCGCUUAUUUUGUGGUUUGGGGAAGAAAUCAGAAACCAAAAGUGCUGUAACAGGCAGAGUUUUCACGUCAAAAAGAGAAAUUCGCAUUUUGGAAAAAGUUUCGAGAAAAUCGACUUUAAAGUUUCACCCAAAUUUUCCAGAGGAAAAUCGCUUAUUUUGUGGUUUGGGGAAGAAAUCAGAAACCAAAAGUGCUGUAACAGGCAGAGUUUUCACGUCAAAAAGAGAAAUUCGCAUUUUGGAAAAAGUUUCGAGAAAAUCGACUUUAAAGUUUCACCCAAAUUUUCCAGAGGAAAAUCGCUUAUUUUGUGGUUUGGGGAAGAAAUCAGAAACCAAAAGUGCUGUAACAGGCAGAGUUUUCACGUCAAAAAGAGAAAUUCGCAUUUUGGAAAAAGUUUCGAGAAAAUCGACUUUAAAGUUUCACCCAAAUUUUCCAGAGGAAAAUCGCUUAUUUUGUGGUUUGGGGAAGAAAUCAGAAACCAAAAGUGCUGUAACAGGCAGAGUUUUCACGUCAAAAAGAGAAAUUCGCAUUUUGGAAAAAGUUUCGAGAAAAUCGACUUUAAAGUUUCACCCAAAUUUUCCAGAGGAAAAUCGCUUAUUUUGUGGUUUGGGGAAGAAAUCAGAAACCAAAAGUGCUGUAACAGGCAGAGUUUUCACGUCAAAAAGAGAAAUUCGCAUUUUGGAAAAAGUUUGGAGAAAAUCGACUUUAAAGUUUCACCCAAAUUUUCCAGAGGAAAAUCGCUUAUUUUGUGGUUUGGGGAAGAAAUCAGAAACCAAAAGUGCUGUAACAGGCAGAGUUUUCACGGGAUAUCUCUAUCAAAUAUCUUUUACGAGUAGUCCUAUGAUAAAAAAAGGAAAAUAUGCAUACUAUUUUGAGGUCGUAUGA